CCGCAGAUCCCACCCCUCAGCCCGCAGAUCCCACCCCUCAGCCCGCAGAUCCCACCCCUCAGCCCGCAGAUCCCACCCCUCAGCCCGCAGAUCCCACCCCUCAGCCCGCAGGUCCCACCCCUCAGCCCGCAGGUCCCACCCCUCAGCCGGGCAGCGCUCGGCACUGAGCGCCCGCCUCGCCUUGGGGUGUGCCCGGAGCCGCCCGCGCCGCCGGAUCGCAGAACAAGAACAGAGAAAACAAAAAUGAACACUCAAAAGGUGCAGAUAAAUCAGUGUGACGUGAAAACAGAUCUGAACUUACUGCUUGAAUGCCUUAAAUAUCAGAUGGACUGCCCUCUGUCUCAGAAGGAGGCUUUGAUCACUAUCUAUUCCAUUUGCCAACAAAACAGUGAAGCGAGCAAAUACUUUCGAGAAAUUGGUGGUUUGAUGUUUAUAAAUGACCUUGCCAAGUCGAGUGCUCAUUGCAUCGUAAAGGAAGCAGCUUUAUUUACAUUGGGGAUUAUCAUAGAGAGUAAUGUGUAUUGUCAACAGACUUUGUGUACUUCUGCAUUGUUUGAAGACCUCAUUUUAUUUUUAAUUAAAAAGGAUUCUGGUGUGAACUUGAAAAGAAUGUCUGUUUAUGUCAUCUUAGUACUGGUUUCAAAUAAUAGAAAUGGGCAAACCUAUGUCAGAGAUACAGGCUGCAUCAGCCUGCUGCUGCAGUUAUUCAGAACAACUCUCUCCACCUCUGAGAAGAAUGUGUCAGAUGAAAACACUGAUCCCUGCUAUCAGCUCUGGUCCUCAGUGUGCAGCACUCUCUGUGCGUGUGUCAACAACCCCCAGAACGAAGAUAAUCAAAACAUUUGCUGUUCGGUUUUUCCCUAUGCCAAAGAGUGGCUCGAGAGUUGCACGGAACCCGAGAUAGUUCGUCCCAUUUGCUCAUUUCUUGGUCUCACAGUUGCAAAUAACUCAUAUGUGCAGAAAUAUUUUGCUUCUAUCGGAGGAUUGGAUACAUUAGCCAAAGUUCUUCUUGAGCUUAUGCAUGAUUCCUGUUUGAGUCACUCCAGCAUGAAACUUGCAGUGGUAGUAACAAAGACUCUGGAUGCCUGCAUUGCUAAUAACUCUGCCAUGGGUGUUGUCUUGGCAAAGUAUCACACUGUGUCAGAGCUGCUGAAGCUGCUGUCCAAUGAGACACUGAGCACAGGGGAAAAAAUCAGUAUUAUUCUAACAAUUGGACACUGUACUGAAGAUUGUGAAGAAAACCAGUGUGAGCUGCUUCAGAACAAUGGUCUGCCACUUAUGAUUCAGCUAUUGACAGAAUCUCAGGACGAGGAACUCAUCAAAGCUGCGACUUUUGUGCUGCAGAACUGCAAACAAAUGACUGAACAGUUGUCUCUGAAAUCAUGUGAUAACUCAUUAAAUGUGAACAAUGCAGAAGAAUUGGAUGUGCAAGUCAGAAAAAGAUGUCUACAAGACUACUGGAAGAAAGCAGAAGAAAUUUUACUCAGAAUUAACUCAGUUGAAAAACAGCACAAUGAGGAAAGAGUGCAAGGAGAAAUAUUUGUAGAUGAAUCUUCAGUAGCCAAUUCUGAAGCAUUAAAAUCCCAUGAAGUGAAUCCUGUUGAUCCAAAGAAGUACACAGAAGGAACACAGACAGAUGUCUGUUGUCCACAGUUGACCUCAGAGUUGAAUAAUCAUGUUCUUGCUCCAUCUGUAACUUCUGCUCCACAAAAAAAUGGAACAGCGAACACUAUGGAUGCAGCUUCUACCAGACAAACUGAACAGAGGAACAUUCCAAGUCCAGUCACUGACCUGCAAACAGACAGUGUACCACAAAGUCACAAUAUAAAUGGAAAAACUGCUUGUGGAGAAAAUCAGUCUGGUCUUCAGGGAGGUGAACAGUUAUUUAAACAACCAGCAGAGACUGUUAGAAAUAUGAAACAGACAUGCAUAUCAGAUCAACAUUCAUUCUGCUCAGAGAAAACUGAGAGAGUCAGAAGUACUUCAGUUACACCUUCAUCCCAUAAAAUGGCAGAUUUAAGGUGUUUAGGUUGUACAGCCAGAGGACUGUCCUUGAACAGUAAAACCUUCACCAAGAUGUUACAGAGUUGCCUGCAUAGGUGUGAGCACCACCGAGUCAUCUUGGAGGCUGAAGAAAGAUACCGAGGGGAGCUCUGCAGGGUGGCUGCUGGUAACAACAGCAGAUCUGCAACUCACCAGAAAAUGCUGCUGGCCCCAGUGAAGAAAGACAGGCUGCUUAAAGAAAUACCAACUUUUAGGAGCAAGAAGGAUAGUUUCCAAAGCAUUCUUUUGACUCCAAAUAGAAAAGACAAAUCUAAUGCUUCAAAGAGAGAUGAACAUAGUAGAAAUAUUAGGUGGACUAGCAACUAUAACUUGACACCUGCAUAUGAAAAGUCAAAAAGCCAAGAUGUUAACCUGAAGAGACAGAGAGUCAAAGAGAUGUGCAGCCAGAAAUGUCAGCACUUAAAAGAAAAUUGCACACAUUCACUUGACAAAGAUGAGGGCAAGGAAAUGUGUUCCCUGGCCAUGAGCAUGAGACCUCUGAACAAGAGAAGAGUCCGAAAAGAUUUCACAACUGAAGAAAUCAACUGCCUUUUGAACGGUGUCCAAAAAAUGGGCAACCAGUGGAAUUUGAUUUUGUGGUCUUACCCUUUCCAGAAAGGACGGACAAGUGUUGACCUUUCCAAGAAGUACUACAGGCUACAAGUGCAGAUGAAAAAAGCUCACAAAGGACAUCAAUAACAUCAUCUGCAAGUGCUUUGGAUUUUGUUGCAGAAUGUUCAAGAACAGCUUUUGUAAUAUUGAGGUCUUGCCAGAACAACUCAAACCCUUGGAGAAUUUAGGUUGUCUUGGACUCCUGUUUUUCAGUGACAACUGACUGAAUUGAAUUGUUAUGCAUUAUAAUUUUAAUUUACCAUAACUUGACAAUUUUUUAAAGUAAUGCUAUCAUAGGCAACAAAAUCUCUAUCAGUAAAAAUUACAUUAAUUUGGAACUUAAUUUAACCUUCUUGAGCAUUUGAUCUGUGUAACUUUUGGGUUAAUUUUUUGUGGCUUGCUCUAUACCAUUUGUAAGAAAAGGAUGUAUUGCUAAAAUGAAUACUUUAUGUCUGAAACUGCUGUUAAUGUUGUUGUGUCUGAAUCUGUUUUCUCUUAAUUAGUGAAAUGUUUAAAGCAGGUGGAAUAUUUUGUCAUGUGUUGAAUAUGCUGCAUGUGCAGAAAAAUGUCUCUGUGACAAAACACUGAAUGCGUGGUUAAACAGUGCUGCACAGAGGCAAAUCUUUCACUGCUACAGAAAUUCUGUACUCACUGUUGAACUGAGCAGGUACUGGUAGAAUUUGGCUUCUGUUUAUAGUUAGACAGUUUUCUGGUGUAUUUUUCAAAUAAGUGAGCAGAACCAGUAUUUCUGCUAAUUACACAUUUUUUAUAGAAUUAUAUGGGCCUUGCUAACUGGCUUUUUCAGUGAUAGCCUUAGUAUUUCAGUUGUAUUUUUUACUUGUUCUGAUGAAGGAAUGGUGAAUCAAUAGUUAAUUUAUUAUGGAAGAGGUUUAGUUAUUGUAUUAGCACUAGGUUUUCACUAUGAUGUAGCUUGAAUGCUUGAAAACAGGCAAGGUAACCAAAACCUGAGAGACAUGUAAUAAAGAUGAUGCCAAUGAUGCAAUAAAUAUGUCUUCCAAUAUUUUCA